AGUGUCAUUUGAUGCCCUAGGACGGUUUCUUCGUCAAUUCUCACGUUUCCACUAACCCAAACCCGCUCGCUAGCACACGUCCAACCCGAACUCCAUGAAUCAACGCACAACCUCGCUUCUCUUCUUGUUGUAGCUUCAAAAUAACACAAAAAAAUCUUUCAUUUUCCUCUCCGGAUUCCUCAAAGUUGAUCCAUUUCUCGUUUUCAUUUCAGAUCCGCUGAAUUAUUCACCUUGAUUUUGCUCAUAGUUUACGAUCUCAUCAUCUCUGCCAUCCCAAAAGGCCAUAACAACAAAACCGUAUCCUUGACGCUAUAUCUCUCAGCAGUCCUGCUUUCAUUGUAAUCGUUAUACCUGUCGAGGAACCCUAGAUUUCAAUUUUUUUAUUUGCCUUCCUCUGUACGUAUAAAUUUUCCGUCGCUAGACUUUACUUCUGAUAACUUCCGUUUCAUUCUUUGUCAAACGCUACAGGUUUUAGUGCCAUUGUUUUUGUAACUAUUGACGGUUGUAGUUCUUUUAUUGGUUUUCUUUUGGUAGCUUUUGCACAAAUUUUGGGUUUGAAUCGGCUAGGUAGUUAGAUUUGGGGUUGUAGGUGAUGAACAGUAAUAAUAGAGGGCGGUAUCCGCCGGGCAUGGGUGUCGGUAGAGGCGCAGUUAUGAACGCAAACCCAAGUUUUCAAUCGAGGGUUCCGCAGCAGCAGUAUGUGCAGAGGAAUUUGAUGCAGAAUCACCAACAGUUUCAACACCAGCAGCAGCAACAACAACAUCAUCAGCAGCAGUGGUUGAGGAGGAGCCAGUUACCUCCUGUUGAUUCCAGCGUUGACGAGGUUGAGAAGACAGUUCAGUCUGAGGCCGUUGACUCCAGUUCUCAAGAUUGGAAGGCGAGGUUAAAUAUACCACCACCUGAUACACGCUAUAAAACAGAGGAUGUGACAGCCACAAAAGGAAACGAGUUUGAGGACUAUUUUCUGAAACGGGAAUUGCUUAUGGGAAUCUAUGAGAAGGGGUUUGAAAGGCCAUCUCCUAUUCAAGAAGAAAGCAUACCAAUUGCUCUUACUGGUAGCGAUAUUCUUGCGAGAGCUAAAAAUGGGACUGGGAAAACAGCAGCCUUUUGCAUUCCUGCCUUGGAAAAAAUUGACCAAGAUAACAAUGUUAUUCAAGUUGUUAUACUUGUUCCUACUAGGGAGUUGGCUCUUCAGACAUCACAAGUUUGUAAAGAGCUUGGAAAGCAUUUGAAAAUUCAAGUAAUGGUCACUACAGGUGGUACAAGUCUAAAAGAUGAUAUUAUGCGAUUAUACCAACCAGUACAUUUGCUUGUUGGAACUCCUGGAAGAAUACUAGAUCUUGCAAAGAAGGGUGUUUGCAUUUUGAAAGAUUGUUCGAUGCUUGUUAUGGAUGAGGCCGACAAACUUCUGUCUCCUGAAUUUCAGCCCUCUGUAGAGCAGCUGAUCCGCUUUGUUCCUCAAAAUCGUCAGAUUUUGAUGUUCUCUGCCACAUUUCCUGUUACUGUUAAGGAUUUCAAGGAUAGAUAUUUAAAAAAGCCUUACAUUAUCAAUCUUAUGGAUGAGCUUACUCUGAAGGGUAUUACACAGUUUUAUGCUUUUGUUGAAGAACGGCAGAAAGUUCACUGUCUAAACACUCUUUUCUCUAAGCUUCAAAUAAACCAAUCAAUCAUUUUCUGCAACUCUGUGAAUCGGGUAGAACUUUUAGCCAAGAAGAUCACAGAGCUUGGGUAUUCCUGUUUUUAUAUUCACGCAAAGAUGUUGCAAGACCAUCGCAACAGAGUGUUUCAUGACUUCCGCAAUGGUGCAUGCAGGAAUCUUGUUUGCACUGAUUUGUUUACCAGGGGCAUAGACAUCCAAGCAGUGAAUGUAGUUAUUAAUUUUGAUUUCCCCAAGAAUUCUGAAACAUAUCUUCACAGGGUUGGUAGAUCAGGAAGGUUUGGGCACCUUGGUUUGGCUGUGAAUUUGAUCACAUAUGAGGACCGCUUUAACUUGUAUAGGAUUGAGCAAGAGCUUGGGACUGAAAUUAAGCAAAUUCCUCCCCAUAUUGAUCAGGCAAUAUAUUGCCGUUGACUUCUGGUAGAUAUUUUGCCCUUUAUUCAACAACAGUGAGUAGCAACAAGGGCUUGCAAUGGGUCCAGGCUGUCGACUAAAGAUGGUAUCUAGCUUUGUAACUGAGGGUGACUUCCAAGAGUUAAAAGUAUUGUUGGUCAAUACUUGAUUGCUGUAUGCAUUUAACCCUGGAAUGCUUUUCUUGUUUUCUGGAUUUUUGUAGCCUGAAACGUUAACAGGAUUGUAGGUUAGAUUUUUAAUGGUUUUAUAAAUAUCCCAGGUAGAUGCUGGGUCCAGUUCUAUGUGGUGUUUGAUUUCCAGGAUAAGCUGGUUUGGUACUAUGAGUUUAAUGUUAUGACUUUGUUGAAUCUAAGGCUGUACUUUGUGGAAGAAGUGGUAUCCCCUUCCUCUUCCUUCCAAUCCAAGGUUGUACUUUGUGCAAUAAAGGCAUUAACAUUUUUCAA